CUUUUUUUAUAAGAUUACCUUAGAAAUCUAUAAAAAUUAAGAUUCUAUGAACAAAGGAGGUAUUAUAGCAAUUAACAAGCCAUCUGGAUGGAUCUGUACACAUAUUUUGAAUGAAUUAGAAAAAAUAUUAAGGAAUUCUUAUCUUUAUGAUCAACUUGUUGAUAUUUCUCAAGAACAAGUAUAUAAACGUCAUAGAAAAUCCAGAGAUUUGAAAUUUAAGAAAAUUAAACUUGGACAUGGAGGAACUUUAGAUCCAUUAGCAAGUGGUAUACUUGUAAUAGGUAUUGGAAAGAGCACAAAGAGACUUAAGGAAUUUUUAAACUGCACUAAAGAAUAUGAAGCAACAGCUUUAUUCGGUUAUUCUACAGAUACAUAUGAUUCUAAUGGAAAAAUUUUAAAACGUAUGCCAUGGUCUCAUUUAACACAAGAUAAAGUUGAAAAAGCACUUGAGAAUUUUAGGGGUAAUAUAUUACAGAAACCUCCAAUGUAUUCUGCUUUGCAUAUGAGAGGAAAACGGUUAUAUGAAUAUUCAAGAGAAGGAAUUGAACUUCCGGAAGAAAUUAAAUAUCGUCCAGUUGUUGUUGAUUCAUUUAAUAUCAUAAAAUGGACACAUGAUCAUAAUUGGAAAGAACCAUGUGAUGAUGAUGAUAAUAAUAUAGAUAUUUCUAGCAAUAUAUUACAGGAACAAGAAGCUAUGGAUAACAAAGAUGAAAAAUGCAAUUUGUCUAAAUCUACUGACGAAAUUAAAAUAUCUGAUAAUUUAUUUAAUGAUAUUGAUAGUAAAGAAGAAAAAUCGUCUAAUACAAUUUUAUCUACAAAAAAAAAAGCGCCAGCAGUUAAAUUCAGAAUUGUUGCAUCUUCUGGUACAUAUAUUCGAUCACUUAUUCAUGAUCUCGCUAUAUCUUUAGAUUCUGCUGCACAUAUAGUAGAACUUAUACGAUGUCGUCAAGGAAAAUACAUAUUAAAUCAAAAUACAAUAGAUUGGUCAAAAUUUCAAAAUGGUGAUUGGGAAAAUGACUUUAUAAAGGCAAUUUCAUCAAAAGAUGACUAAAUUUUAUUUUUUAAAAAAAAAAUAAAAUACAUUAAUACUAAAG